UGGGACAGGUUGGGUAUGGAUGCUCCCUUCUCUGUCUCUAACACAGGAUGCUUCUUUGCACACACAGAUGGCUCGUUCGGAACACCACCUGGGUAUGGCUGCGCUGUAGACCGGGCAGAGGAGCAGCGCCGGCACCAAGACGGGCUGCCCUACAUCGAUGACUCACCCUCCUCAUCGCCUCACCUUAGCAGCAAGGGCAGGGACAGCCGAGAUGCGCUGGUCUCGGGAGCCCUGGAGUCCACUAAAGCGAGUGAGCUGGACCUGGAAAAGGGCUUGGAGUUGAGAAAAUGGGUCCUGUCUGGAAUCCUGGCCAGUGAGGAGACCUACCUGAGCCACCUGGAGGCACUGCUGCUGCCCAUGAAGCCUUUGAAAGCUGCUGCCACCACCUCUCAGCCCGUGCUGAUGAGUCAGCAGAUCGAGACCAUCUUCUUCAAAGUGCCUGAGCUGUAUGAGAUCCACAAGGAGUUCUAUGAUGAGCUCUUCCCCCGCGUGCAGCAGUGGAGCCACCAGCAGCGGGUGGGCGACCUCUUCCAGAAGCUGGCCAGCCAGCUGGGUGUGUACCGGGCCUUCGUGGACAACUACGGAGUUGCCAUGGAAAUGGCCGAGAAGUGCUGUCAGGCCAAUGUUCAGUUUGCAGAAAUCUCUGAGAACCUGAGAGCCAGAAGCAACAAAGAUGCCAAGGAUCCUACGACCAAGAACUCUCUGGAAACUCUACUCUACAAGCCUGUGGACCGUGUGACAAGGAGCACACUGGUCCUCCAUGACUUGCUGAAGCACACUCCCACCAGCCACCCCGACCACCCCUUGCUGCAGGACGCCCUGCGCAUCUCACAGAACUUCCUAUCCGGCAUCAACGAGAUCACACCCCGACGGCAGUCCAUGACGGUGAAGAAGGGGGAGCACCGGCAGCUGCUGAAGGACAGCUUCAUGGUGGAGCUGGUGGAGGGGGCCCGCAAGCUGCGCCAUGUCUUCCUCUUCACCGACCUGCUUCUCUGCACCAAGCUCAAGAAGCAGAGCGGAGGCAAAACCCAGCAGUAUGACUGCAAAUGGUACAUUCCGCUCACGGAUCUCAGCUUCCAGAUGGUGGACGAAUCGGAGGCAGUGCCCAACAUCCCCCUGGUGCCGGACGAGGAGCUGGACGCUCUGAAGAUCAAGAUCUCCCAGAUCAAGAGUGACAUUCAGAGAGAGAAGAGGGCGAACAAGGGCAGCAAGGCCACAGAGAGGCUGAAGAAGAAGCUGUCAGAGCAGGAGUCGCUGCUGCUGCUCAUGUCUCCCAGCAUGGCCUUCAGGGUGCACAGCCGUAACAGCAAGAGUUACACAUUCCUGAUCUCCUCUGGCUAUGAGCGUGCAGAGUGGAGGGAGAAUAUCCGGGAGCAGCAGAAGAAGUGUUUCAAAAGCUUCUCCCUGACAUCUGUGGAGCUGCAGAUGCUGACCAACUCAUGUGUCAAACUGCAGACGGUCCAUAGCAUUCCACUGACCAUCAGCAGGGAAGAUGAUGGGUCUCCGGGGCUCUAUGGGUUUCUGAAUGUCAUCGUCCACUCAGCCACUGGAUUUAAGCAGAGUUCAAAUCUGUACUGCACCCUGGAGGUGGAUUCCUUUGUAUAUUUUGUGAAUAAAGCAAAGAUGCGCGUCUACAGGGACACAGCUGAGCCAAACUGGAACGAGAGCCGACAGAAACACACUCAGAGGAAAGGAUGCCCUCUUCAAUGAAUGGCACUGGGAGGGCUGGAUAGCCGCAUGCAGAAGAAUGAAACUGGACCCCUAUCUCUCACCAUAUACAAACAUCACCUCUGGAUACAUCCAAGACUUGAAUGUAAGAUAUGAAACUACAAAAAUGUUAGAGGAAAACCAAGAUAAAACUCUUGUGGACUUCACUCCAGGCAAGGAAUCGAUGAGGAAGACCUCAAAAGCCCGACCUAAAAAAGGAUGAGCUGGAGGAUGGCCCAGCAGACCCGUGUCCAGCAGAACCCUGGACAGCGCACGAGGAAGCCUUACAGGCCAGGUUCCUCCUUGCUGUGCCCACGUGGGCAGUGGGGUUGCCAGGGUCAGAAGCCGGCCCAGACUUGCACCCAAAGCCUGCCUUGUUUUGCAGUGGCACUGGGUCCCUGCCUUGCAAUCGGGGGUGACUGCUUAAAUGGUCCCCCAGAAAUACGACAGAAAGGAAAGACAAAAGUGCCAGCCAAUAGAAUUGCUCCUUGUAUUGCCUCUCCCGGUCACCAUGUGGGUGCUCUGCCUGGUUGGGGGUCCCCUGGUGUUCAGGCCCCCUCAAACCCCCUUGCUGUGUGUGGUGCUCAGGGCCUUUCUCUUUGCCACUUUGCUGCUGAGGGAUGCAUUUCUGGAACUCAGAGCUGGGGCUGCCUCUCUGCUCCCCAGACCCGUUUGUGUUGCAGAAACCACCAGUGUCGAGGGGGCUGGGCCCUGCUUUCAACAUUUCGCAGAGCCACCUAGUUUUGGCAGAGGCACCAUGUGAGGAGGCAGCAUGCACCUCACAGGCAGAGGCAGCGGAUGCCUCGGGAAGGGACCCAGCUGAGCCGGCAGCCAGGCCCACUUGCUUCUGGCCGGGAGACCCAAGGUGCAAGUGGUGGGUAAUGAGACCCCUGCAGCUGAGUGUGCUGUGGUGCCCUGGGCUGGCUGUCUUGGAGCAGAUGAGGCUGGGGCUGCAGCUGGAGCUGCCAGAUGGGAAGACAAAAGAGAGUGCUUCGAGGUGCGGGUUCCCUGCUGUUGCCCAUGAAGGACCACAAGUUUGGGCUGGACUGUGGCUACUGCGGUAAUAGGAAGUUUUGGUACUGGAGUGGGACCACAGACCCUUCAUCCUGCUGGGCUGCUGGUGUCCUUUCCUGAGGACGUGCUGUGCCUGAGGCGCAUCAGAUGGGCCUGAGGAGAUUGGAGGAAGCUUACACUGGAGCCUGCAGGAGGCCCCAGAAAGAGAGGCUGGGAAAAGGGACUGUAUCUAAGGGGGUAACCUCAGAGUCACUUGCUGCCUUGGGUGCCAGGUUAGCAGAUGUGCUGGCUGCAGAACUGGAACCAGAUCCAGAUACAGCAAUCUGCAGACCAGGAGAGAGAGGGUCAGUGGAAACAAGGGGUCCCUGUGUGAAGGGGACAGGGAAAUGCACACACAUUGGGGUUGGGGAUUUCAUCCUUUUGCUGCUGGGAGAGGCAGGAAAGGCAGACUGGGCACCUGCUGCAGCUGUGGCUGAGGCCCAGGGAUGUGAGGGGCCUCUUUGCCCUCCACUCGGUGGGACCCCCCAUGAAGGGUUCCAUGUAGAGGGGGUAAGGGCCCCUGCGGCAGCUGCAGCAGCAGAAGUGCCAGGCCUUGGGCUUCUCAGGCUGCAGUCCGCACGUGGAGCUGGGAAGGGGGCAGGAAUCAGCGAGGUGACCUGGGCUGUGUCCCGGGGGUGUGAAGGGGUGUCAGGAAGGGGAUCUUAGGAGAACAAGGGGCCUGAUGAGCGGCGCUUCCUCCCAGACACAGCAGGUCUAGAGGGGUCCCCUGCAGCAGAUGCUAGGAGGGACAGGUGGCCCAGGUACUGUUGGGACUUGUGAGUCUGCUGAUGUGCAUCCAUGCUGGGUGUUUCAGGGACAGCAGACGGACAAGAAGUCCCUGUUGCAGGUGAGGACAAAGCUUAUGAAGGCUGUGAGGCUCUACAGUCCCAUAUGGCCUUGACCUCACCCUGCAGUGCACUAUUAAUGCCCCAGAGUGUCGCCUCCUUCUCCAGGUCUUGGUCUUCAGCAGUGAUCCGGAACCCCAGCUGUAAGGGAGGGGGCUGCAUCAGAGGCUCCCCUCCGCUGCAUGGCAGCAGAGGAUACUUCUUUCUACGAGGCCUAGACUUUUGAGAUGUUGGGGAGCCAUUCCUGGUGGCCAGUUUCUCCCCUGGUAGUGCAUCUGCUGCCUUUUCACGCUGAGCGUGAAUGACAGCCUGAGAGUUGAGCUCACUCACUGUCUCUGAGGAACUGAGGGUCACAUGGCAGUGGGAUGAGGUAGUGUCCGGGCUGAUUCCAAUUGUCCGGGCACUUGUAGGAUGACCUGCCACUCGACCUAGGGGCAGGAGCAGGGAGGAGAUCCCACAAGCAAAGUGACCUGCGGGAUGGGGAGAGCAGGGUCCCGGCAACUGAGCCCUUCUGGUAGGUUUUUGGCACUCGGGCUGGGACAGGGAUAAGGGGCACAGAGUGCCCAGGUAGCCCCUUCUGGGAACAGUGGGGUAGUUUCAGAUGCUUCAAAUCUCGAGAGCUAGGCUCUGAGGGUCAUCUUUUAGCUGGCAACUCGGCAUGGCAGUGGGAUGAGGCUGGCCCCCUCCUCCUCUUUAGCCCCGGGAAGCCUCUUGUGCUGUAGGAGCUGGAAAUGGCCGUGUUUGGGGGGGCCAGGGCUCAUCCCAGAAGGCAGGGAUUUCUGGUCAUAUGUGACUUCUGACAUGGUCACAUGGCAGUGGGUUGAGGCUGGCCCUCUCCUCCUCUUUAGCCACGGGAAGCCUCCCGUUCAGGUGUAGGAGCUGGAAAUGGAAUUUCUUUGGGGCAGGGGCUCCUCCUGCAAGUCUGGGAUCUCUGUUCAUAUUUAAUUUCUGAGCUCUGGGCAUGGAGGUCUCUCUGCAGAGGCCCAGGCCUGGGCACUUGGGCUGGGACAGGUAUAAGGGGCAAAGAGUGCCCAGGUAGCCCCUUCUGUGAACAGUGGGGUACUUUCGGAUGCUUCAACUCUGGAGAGCUAGGCUCUGAGCGUCGUCUUCUAGCUGCCAACUCGGCAUGGCAGUGGGAUGAGGCUGCCCCCUCCUUUUCUGGAGCCACUGGAAGCCUCUAGUGCAGCUGUAGGAGCUGCAAAUGGCAUUUCUUUGGGGGCAGGGGCUCAUCCUGCAAGUCUGGGAUCUCUGUUCAUAUCUAACUUCUGAGCUCUGGCCAUGGAGGUCUCUCUGCAGAGGCCUGGGCCUGCUCACUAAGAGCAAGGGGCAUCCAUUAUCUUGUAGGGGCCUGAAUGCAGACCGUGCAUCCCUGGUGCCCUUGGGGCCCCUCUUUUUAUCAUCAGGAUUCUCUUGGAUUCGGUUCCUUGUCCUGCUCAGGCAUCUCUGCCUCACUCUCCCUUUGGGCUCUCAACACGAUCUCCUCUGGACAGGAGUCUGGGCCACAGCUGGGUGUUAUGGGCCCCAAAGGGGUGACUCCCUGCUUCUGGGUCCCACAGAGAGUUUCUAUCUGGAAUUGGAAGCUUGCUGUGGUACCUGUGCAUCCAAAUUGAAGGCAGAGGCAGGAUCGCUGGAAAACCUUCUUGAUCUUGUUUUGACACAGUGUGAUUCCAAGUGUCAGGGCACUUGUAGGAUGACCUGCCACUCCACCCAGGGGCAGGAGCAAAGAGGGGUUCCCACAAGCAAAGUGAAUGGAGGGAUGGGGAGAGCAGGGUCCAGGCAACUGAGCCCUACUGGUAGGUUUUUGGCAUUCGGGCUGGGACAGGGAUAAGGGGCAGAGUGCCCAGGUAGCCCCUUCUGUGAACAGUGGGGUACUUUCAGAUGCUUCAUAUCUCGAGAUCUAGGCUCUGAGCGUCGUCUUCUAGCUGCCAUCUCGGCAUGGCAGUGGGAUGGGGCUGGCCCCCUCCUCCUCCUUAGCCAUGGGAAGGCUCCCGUGGAGCUGUAGGAGCUGGAAAGGCCUUUUUUUUUUUUUUUUUUUUCGCCACGGCUCAUUUCAGAAGGCUGGGAUUUCUUGUCUUAUGUGACUUCUGACAUGGUCACAUGGCUUUGGGAUGAGGCUGGCCCCCUUCUUUUCUUUAUUCAUGGAAACCUCCCGUGGAGCUGUAGGAGCUGGAAAUGGAGUUUUUUGGGGGGUCAGGGCUCAUCCCAGAAGGCUGGGACUUUUUGUCCUAUGUGAUUUCUGACAUGGUCACAUGGCAGUGGGUUGAGGCCGGCCCCCUCCUCCUCUUUAGCCACAGGAAGGUUCUUGUGGAGCCGCAGGAGCUGGAAAUGGCAUUUCUUGUUGGGCUGGGGCUCAUCCCAGAAGGGUGGGAUUCCUUUUCUUAUGUGAGUUCUGACAUGGUCACAUGGCUGUGGGAUGAGGCUGGCCCCCUCCUCCUCUGUAUGCAAGGGAAGCCUCCCGUGGAGCUGUAGGAGCUGGAAAUGGUGUGUUUCUUUUUUUGGGGGGCCAGGGCUCAUACCAGAAGUCUGGUAUUUCUUGUCAUAUGUGACUUCUAUCAUGGUCACAUGGCAGUGGGUUGAGGCUUGCCUUCUCCUCUUUAGCCACGGGAAGCCUCCCAUGGAGCUGUAGGAGCUGGAAAUGGCAUGUCUUUCUGGGGCCAAGGCUCAUCCCAGAAGGCUAGGAUUUCUUGUCUUAUGUGACUUCUGACAUGGUCACAUGGCUGUUUGAUGAAGAGGAUGCAUCUUCCCAGAGGAGGAAAGUGGGAUCGCACUCAGGAAAGUGUGUGGGGUCCCAGGAUGAUGCCAGCACCCAGCGCGGCUCUGUCCGGCAACCUCUCCCAAGGUCGGAGGAGUGGGUGUCCCCUGUGUGUGGAUGGGCAGCUCCUGCUGAGCCCGCAGCACCUCGGGGAGCCUGACAGCAGGGUUGUGUGCCUCACACUUCUCUGCUCGUGGACCUGGCAAGUCUGGGAGCAGAAAACAGAGCCACAGGAAGGUUUUCUGUCUGCAUCUGUGUGUGGUGUGGAUUUAGUUGUGCUUUUUUCUUGCUGGGAGGGCACAGCCACCGUUUGCAAGAAGAGUUGCCCUGCUGGGUGGGGAAGACAGAACAGGAGCCUCUCUGCCCUCUGUACCUUUCUGGGCCCAGUGGGCUCCCCUGUCCUGGCUUCCAUCUCUGUCUGUCUCUGCGACCCUCCAGCCCUGCAAGGGAACACGUGGCUUAGAAAAGCUAAAUCCAGCACUGGCCUCUGUCUCCUCUGGUCUCAUGAUGUGCAUCUGCCGCCUUGAAACUGGAAAGCAAUCUAUCGAUGUCUGUGCCAAUUUUCGUUUCCCCCCUACCUGCAUCCCCAUGCGACUUUUAUUUAUGUACGAUGUGUGCUGUCUAAUGAUGGGAUGACCACACUUUCCAUGUUCUAAAAAGGAUCCUCCCCCACUGGGUUCCAGGAAUGAUGAUGGCUUUAGGACUUGAGGUGUGUCACUUACCUGCCUUCUGGCUCAAAAGCCUGUGCAGAGGCAAAGCUGGUACGGGGCUGGGAAAUGCAGCGUUCUCCAGGAAGGGACCCAGUUCUCCCCCUGCAACGCAGACAGAGGCCUGGGUGCCAGUGUGACCUCCCACAAGGCAUGGCUGCCAGACUCCCUGACCAGAAGUGAUGCUUUUCUGCAUCAGGCCCUGGGUUUGAAGCAGCCUCGCUUUCUCUCUGUAAGUGGCUGGUGUCUUAGCAGCAGCAAUAUGAGCUCAGCCACCUGCACAGCACCGUGGGGGAAAGAACUGCCUUUCAUUAAAGUUCUCUGACACCACUUG